UUAGAAUUACCAUAGCAACAACACACAUCACCCCCUUUAAAACAUUAUACAGAGUUGUACGUGAUCGUCUUAAAGCUGUUUUUUUCGGCAAAAGUCUUUCAGGCUAGUAGCAAUUCAAUAAAAAGAACUUUCAAAUCUCAUCAAACUAUGCCGCUUUCCUCUCAUUGGCUUUUCAAAUCAGCCUGUAUUUCCCAUUCUUGCUGUUUUCUAGGGAAUAAGGAAGUUCGCUUUGAAAGAUAUUAAUUCUGACGUUCCAUUCAGCUCGCACAGUUGAAAAAAACAACGCUCUUCUUUUAAUUUGUAGAGAUGAAUCGCAAGGUUGGAUUUCGACCACCAACAAAGAGACGAGCCCCUAGCAUGGAUUGUUCAUAUUUGGAAUCCAAAGUGAAUCGUCCAAUCUUCUACCCGUGUGACACCACACGAUUCUUGUAUGGACACUUGCCACCGGAGUUGAUGAUAAUACAACCUUACAACAUAACAGAGGGCAGUGUCACGGGAAAUUUGCCUUUUUAUUGCUACAAUGGACACUUCUUUAAACCUAAAACAGAAAGAAUUGCCUUUAAACAAGCAAACCAUACAAGUAAACACAAUCCAGCGGAUAAAGACAAGGUAGUCUUUGACGUCCCUAUUGCAACUGCUGAUUCGGGCACUUCCUCAGUUCGGGUGAAGAGGGAGAAACCAGACUCUCCCCAAGCCUCCGCUCGGGCCGUGACGAAUCCCAAGUCUACUCCUUUUCCGAGCAUGGUAAGGCUUGGUUACCUUUCUCAGAAUCAAGCUGUCGCCAACACAUCAAAGAUGGCUGGAAAGGUGCUCGUUCGGUUCCAGUGCACUCUCUGCUCAAAAACUUUUUCCAGAUCAGGCACUUUAAAGGUUCAUAUGCGGAUUCAUACUGGCGAGAAACCUUUCCAAUGCCGGUUCUGCUCGAAACAAUUCGCUCAAUCCGGGAACCUUUCUUCUCAUGAAAGGAUCCACACAGGUGAAAAGCCAUUUGAAUGCAAGUACUGCGGAAAACGUUUUACCCAAUCCUCCGCGCAGAAAAGCCAUAUGAUGACUCAUAUUAACAAGCAACUGCUAUGAAUUCUAUUUUGCACGUUAUCUUACGAGUGAGAACGUCGCUAAACUG